AUGGACAUGCGUGGACUGGCUCACUUUAUACAAGACGUGCGGAAAGCGACGAGUAGCCCGGCUGAUGAGAAGAAACGAGUUGACGUGGAAUUAGUUAAGAUACGCUCAAAAUUCCGAAGCACGGCAGAAAUGACCACUUACGAUCGAAGAAAAUACGUCUGUAAGUUGAUGUUCAUCGCAAUGCUUGGAUACCCCGUGGAAUUUGGCCAUAUGGAGGGUGUGAAGCUUCUGGCUCUAAAAUCCCCGGCGGAGAAACUGAUCGGCUACCUCUCUGCCACCGUUUUCCUCCACGAAAAUCAUUCCCUGUUGACUUUGGCUACACAUAUGAUCUACAAGGAUCUUUUGUCAGAGCAGGAGUUUAAUAUAAACUUGGCACUGACAGCGAUUGCCAACGCGGGUGGGAAGGAGUUUGCGGAGGUCAUGUCUUCAAGGGUGAAGAGUAUUCUUUUAAGUGAUCGUUGGAAUGUACAUGUUCGCAAGAAGGCAGUGCUGACGUACUUACGCAUAUAUAGAAAGUAUCCCGAUGUUGUGGAUCUUGGUGACGUUAUCCCUGUUGUGACAGAUCUUCUUCUUAGUCCACUGCUUGGUAUGAGUGGUUGUGCUGCCGUCUUUCUUACGGGUUGUCUUAACAAAAGCAAUUUUCAUCUUUUUCAUUCCGUACCCAAUCGAGUCAUUGAACUCCUUGGAAGGAUUAUACUUGAAAAGCAAACUGAUCCGGGAUAUGUCUACUACGGUGUUCCUGCUCCGUGGUUGCAGGCGAUGUCCAUGCGGCUUCUUCGAGGCUUUCCAGUUCCUACAGAUAGUUUGCUGAAGGAAAAAAUUCUUCUUGUCUUGCGGCGGAUUGUGCAGGCGACUGACAGAGUGCUUCGGGACGCGCAAACCCAACAGAAGCAAAAGGGCACUAUGAAUCGUGUGAGUGCAAUGAAUGCCGUAUUUUCUGAGGUGGUUUUACUUGUUCUCCAGUGGGAUUUGGACACUAGGCUUCAUAAUGAGUGUCUGGAUGUUCUUAGCUGGUUUGUGAUGGAAAAGAAAGAUUCCAACUUGCGUUAUUUGGGGUUUAGUUUGCUGUCACAAUUGUGUUCUGCAAGGAGCUCCUACAAUGACUACAGGACAUACUGUAGACAGUAUCAACCACAGGUGGUUGUGGCUCUUCAUGACCCUGACGUUUCCAUCCGUACGAAAGCGUUGGAUGUCACUGUGUGUAUGUGUGACGCUGAAACUUCCAGGGAGGGUAUCGGGGCCCUGCUUUCUUAUCUCCCCAUUGCGGAUGGACUCUUUAAGGAGAAUCUUGUACUUGCCAUUUCUCACUUGGCAGAGGUGUACUGUGUAGACUACGGGUGGUACGUUGACACCAUUCUCUCUGUCAUCGCCCACGCCGGCGGUCUUACCCCGCAAUUCAUCAUUUACCGUGUUGUAAAUGUUAUCAUUAAUCACAAAUAUGUUCAGAAAAGGGCGGCCACAACUUUGUUUAGUUUGUUGAAGAUUCGUAAAACUGUCCCUGAGGUCCUGUUGCGUGUCGCCGCCAUUGUUUUGGGCGAAUUUGGGUAUCAAAUUGCAGUGAAUGCGGAAAGCACACCACUCAUGCAGGUGACCGUUCUUCAAAACCACCUUAAAGACGCCUCGGAGGAGACUCAAAGUCUCCUGUUAAGUACGUUUGUCAAGCUUUACAAUUACUACGAUAUUGCGGUGCGUGAAAAAAUACUGAAUACACUUUGUCAGUAUAGAAGCAGUUUCAAUGUUGAGCUGCAGCAACGCGCCAUGGAGUACGUCGGGCUCAUCGAACUAGGCAAUGAUGAACUCCUCCAGAAGGUGUUGGAGCCAUUGCCGAGCUUCAAGGAAGAUGAUUUUUCGCUUGUGCUACCUGGGCGCGCCCAGCGAGAGGAAGCGAAUGUUGCCGUGUCUUUGAACAUCUCUCGGGAUAAAAGAGAGAAGUUGGUCGCCCCAAGGGCAGACAAGGAGCCUGAUAAAUUGAACAGCUCUGAUCUCCUGGUGAUCAAUCGCGAUGUCCCCUUAAAUUCCGGUGGUGAGUCCGAUGUGGACUUGGAGGCGUUGUUUACGGUCAAUUCAACGAUGCAAUUGGAUAGAAUGGCAAAAGAAAAUGAACUGUUACGGCGACGGUUUAUUUUUUUGCUUGAAGAAACGUCUGGUGUCCUUUAUUCCGAUGAGUUUGUAGAAUUGCACUGUGAGCAGCAGUACCGCGGAGCCGAUGCCCGUGUCACAGUCACAGUUAGAAACAAGAUGGCAGUGGGACUGGAGAAAGUACAUGUGGAGACCACUGGAGUAGAUGUUGGGCUGCUGUUGCAGUCAAGGAAUGAACGCGGGGAUAUCGCCUCUAGUGGGGUUCUACGAGUGGAAUUUGUUGCCAGGUCUUGGGCACCAUUUAGGGAGGCCCCUACUGUACGCCUCUCCUACAAGAGACCGGGAGAAUGCACCACGGAGAUGAAGAUUCUUGCCCUGCCCAUUGUGACCACACGGUUCUUGUCUCCGUACGAUGAGAAAGAUGAAAUGGCGUACGACACGCUGUGCAAGCAAAUGAAUUCUGCUUCAGUUCGGACCCGACGCCUAUCCGCAGGAUGUGUCACUCACAAUGGAGCAAUUGAAGGGGUAUUAAAAGGGAUGGGAUUCUGUGUAAUUCAUCCUGUUGAUAGCGCGGAAUGGAAAGCCAUGGCAGCCCAUGCCACGCAAUCUCAUGGCAUUUUGUCUUACGAGCCUGCGGUGGUGAAGGUAUUUAGUCACUCCCCCGGGGCAUUUACCGCCCAAGUCAUUACCAAGAGUCAUUUACUCAGCGUUGCCAUAAUUGAUGUUUUGGAGCAAACUUUGCUUAGCAAGGGGCAAACAGAGUGUGAAGAGAGGUUCAGUGUUUUUGGAGGGAAUUUAACCACUUUACUCUCAUGA